UUUUGCUAAUUUACAAUGGCUGAUCAGAACGAGCGCGCAUUUCAAAAGCAAACAACUAUCGCAGUUGUUCGUCCAAAAACCCUAUCACGCAAACUUCGUCACCACCGAGAAGUCGGACUCGGCUUCAAAACCCCAAAAGAGACAGAGCGUGCUUUCCAAAAGCAAGCGUUCAUUAACUUGAACCGUAAAGUGAAACCAGGUAUCGUGAAGAAGAAGUCACUUCGUCGACAUCGAGAGGUUGGAUUGGGUUUUAAGACACCCCGUGAGGCUAUCGAUGGCACCUACAUUGACAAAAAGUGUCCGUUCACCGGCAAUGUCAGAAUCCGUGGACGUAUUCUGACUGGUAUCGUGCAGAAACUCAAAAUGCAGAGAACCAUUGUCAUUCGUCGUGACUACUUACAUUAUAUUCGAAAAUACAGCCGUUUCGAGAAGCGCCACCGAAAUAUGUCAGUUCAUUUGUCUCCCUGUUUCAGGGAUGUCGAAAUUGGAGAUAUUGCAACCAUUGGAGAGUGCCGACCAAUUUCCAAAACUGUACGUUUCAACGUACUGAAAAUAACAAAAGGUGCCGGAGUAAAGAAAAGUUUUAAGAAAUUUUAAAGUAUGUACGAGAAAUUUCAUCAAUAAAACUUAUCCAAAACUGUAUCUGGUUUAAAA